GCUGCCCCUACCACUGACACGGCAUGGCAAAGCAAGGAGUUCCGCAACUGGCUCCCGCACCUGCAAGCAGCCCUCACCUACAACGCAAUUCGCAUGGCUUGCUUUGCAAAGGGCUUGAUUUCCGAUGGGCAGAAAAGGCUGCUCAUGGCUACAGGAGACUCUGCUAAACACAACGAGCUCCUGUUGGACAUUUUAAGUGGUGGCACAACAGAGUCCUUUCGCAUUUUCUGUGACAUCGUGCGUGAAAAAGAACCCGAGCCGAAUUUCACCAGUUUCCUGAAAGAGAUGCAGGCAAUGCUAAAUUCUGUUUGGGUUACUCCCGAGUGCAGGAAAGCCUGCGAGGAAGUGACGGACCUGAUGAAGGCAUUUCCAAUGGAGGCAUGCAAGCAAGUACUCGACUUUGCUGAAAGCCUGGAUAAGCAGCUGAAGUCGCACCCCGUACGCCUGCCAAACGCGACUUCUAGUUCGCAUCACGAGCAGCAUCCGGACGGAGCACUUCGGAAGUGGGUGGACUUCAAGGCCAUCAGCAUCCUUGAGCGGCGGGAGAGGCUGAAACGCAUCUGUAAUGUUGUGGCCGGGACCUCCCAAUGUGUGUAUGGUGUUGGACUGCACCUUUUGGCAGCGGAAUUCCCGGCCGGCGGUCCGGACGCGGCAAUCACUAACAAAGCCCAUCCGGGGACAAGCCCGUUUGAGUUGUUCGACGCAGUGACAGAACUGUGGGGCAUUCAUUACGAGCACAUGAGCGGCCAGGACCUGCAUCAAGCUGUGAAGAGUGCGAUUGGGAGUGGAACGGCGAAGGACGUCGAGGAAUUCUGCAUUCUCUGAAGUGUUUGAAGUCGGCAAUCACUCUGCUUGUGCUUCGAGUCAUGCAGUCGUCGUCCUGCCAACGUUGGCACCCAUUAUCACUGUGCUGCAAGUUGUCCGGACGCGGAGGUGAUCCUGCGUGGCCCACACUGCCAAGCACACUCAUACAGUGUUACUCAAUGAAAUCCGGUUGCGUCACUCUAGUUUGCGCCUUGCAUCAUUUCGCAGCCCAGUGUUCGCAGGUCUGGGGCCGCGCAACGCCCGGCGUGUACCUGAGUGAUGCGACUGGAUUUCAUUGAGCAACACUUUAUAAUAUUAUCUCCUGAUUCUCCUCUUACUCUUAGAAUAGCUUGAACUGUCCACCUCUCCACAUUGCGCUCUUGAUUUUGGCCCACAUUCACAAACACCAUACUCCAUAGCGAGGAAGUUAGUUCCGUUCUUGGAUAGAUGCUCCCUAUCCUCCAGACAGCUGUUUCGCUCAUUGAGAGUUAGAAUAGCACUAAAUAAUACUAGCCAGAAGGAAAUAGAUUCUGGCUAAACCUAUUGAGAUGUUGAUGAUGUAUGGCGAUGACUGUGCCACUUAGUAUCAUUAUUUCUAUUGCACUUGAAUAGUUUGCAGGCAACCUGCCUACACUCAAGAGAGCACUGUAUUUCACACAAAUCCAUUAGAAGUAUCGUUUCAACGUUUCGGUCUUCAUGACCAUCAUCAGGAAUGAAGUGGACAUGGAAAAAACAUCUAUUCAAGUGCAAUGAUGAAGCUGUGUGAAGCGUCCUUCAAAAAUUUUGAAAUUUUUAUUUUCAUUUAAUAGUUCUAUUGCUGUUCUAACUGGGAUUUACUGGGUGUUAGCGGCCGUCAGGAGUUCCUUCCGGAAGGGGCGCGAAAAACUACUUUUACUUUUUAAACUUGAUAUCUACACGUCACAUGUUUGUGUAAUAAUUAUCUGCUCUUCUCUUCUUUUUCUGCACCUUGUUUUUCUUUGACAUUGCAUAACCGGCCCUGUGACAUCAGGUACACGC